UGCAUGUCUCACAGACAUCUUACGGAUUUCUGCCCAAAGCUCCAAGAUGAAUACCUUAAAAGUGAUGAUGUUGGUUACAAAAGGGAUGAACCUCACAUGAGGUAUGAUCCGUUCUCCAACUCUAACAUGUCUACGGAGGAUAUGGUCCGGGCUAUUGCUACCAACAUGACCACCAUGCAAAACAACAUGGUACAAUUCCAAAAUGAGACCAAGUCUAGCAUUUUAAACUUGGAAACUCAAAUGAGUCAAAUAGCCGGAGCCGUGAGUAGGCUUGAAACAAGGGAUUCAGAAAAUCUUCCUUCUCAAAUAGAAUGUGAUCCUAAACAGCAAACUUUUGCAAUCACAUUUACAAAUGAAAAGGAGAUACAAAAGGAGAUCCAGAAUCCAGAAGAAGUAGAAGAAGAAAAAGACACGGAGCUCCAACUGGUCAAAGAAGAGGAUAAGCCGAGCUUCAAAUUCAAACUUUUGUCAUUAUCAUCCUUUGAGGUAUCUCCAUCAUCCCUGGACCCUUUAAGAGAAACUCAUAAACUUGAAAAGGACAAUGACAUUUCUGAAAUCUCCUUCAAAAUUGAGGGAUCGAAAAACUUUUCAUUGACCAUACUACAUGAUAAUUUCUUCCCCUUCCUCCCACCACAUAAAUCAAUGAAAAUCUGGAUAUUUGAUCCUGGAAAGAUUUCCAAAGUGGAGAGUCGAGAAAUUGAGCACUCCUAUGGAGGUCCUAGGAGUGAAAAUUUGAAGAAAAUUAAUUAUCAC